AUGAUGUUUAACUCGAUCACCUACGCUGUAGCUUUGGCCAGUGUCUUUUCCAAUGUUGUGGCUGAGAAACAAAGCACUUUUUCGGCUUCGACAUUAAAAGUAAACCAAGAGCUUUUGGACCUACAUCGAGAUCUCAUUCAAUUGAAAUCAGUAAGUGGUUAUGAGAUUGAUGCGGCAGUAUAUCUUCAAAACUAUCUUGAAUCAAACAAUUUUACUGUGGAACUUGAAACUGUCUAUGGCGACUCGAAUCGCAAAAACGUUUAUGCUUAUUAUGGCAAGGAGAGAAACACCAAAGCUUUACUGACAUCACACAUCGACACUGUUCCUCCUUACUUCAAUUAUAGCGUGGUUGACAAUCGCAUUUAUGGAAGAGGUAGCGUUGAUGCUAAAAGUUGUGUCUCAUCACAAAUUGUUGCUUUGAGUCAACUUUUCAAAGAUGGCGAAGUUGAGGAGGGUGAUGUCGCCCUUCUCUUCGUUGUCGAUGAAGAAGUCCAAGGCAGAGGAAUGGUAUAUGCAAGUGACAACUUAGGCGUUGAUAGUUGGGAACAUGUCAUCUUUGGAGAGCCAACUGAGAACCGUCUUGGAGUCGGCCACAAGGGUAUGGCAUCUGCUCAAUUGAAAGCUCAUGGAAAGGCUGCGUAA